AUGUUGAGUGAGGGUGCCAACAAUCACUCAUCCAAAAUGUCCUUCAGAAUAACAAAGGAUGAUAGGUUCUUCUCUAGGCUAAUGACCAAGGAAGCCAACACCCCAAACUCCUCUUCAAGGAUCUUCUAUUACAGAGAAACUUCAGUCGCUGUUCCUUUCACUUGGGAGGCACAACCUGGUACCCCCAAACACCCUUUGUCAGAGACAUCUCUUCCUCCACUCACACCCCCACCUUCCUAUUUUUCAAACUCCCACAGUGCCAAGGGAAGAAACUCCAAGGCCAACAACAUCUUCUCAAGCAUUCUGCCAAGGCUUCUAGGGUCAAGAAAGUCUCACCACGAGUCACCAUCAUCAUCUUCUAGGUCACCUUCUUCUUCCUCUUCAUCUUCCUCUUCGUGGACUUUGGCAUAUCAUUCCAUGAGAGACAAAGAUCAAGGUCAACAAGGAAGAAGCCCCUCUUUCUCGCGCCCCGUAAAACCCGUAUGUUGCAAUGGAUUUAGAGGGUGCUAUCCCUUUGGGAACAUGAUCAGGAACGUAAAUGUAAGCCAUGGUGCAGACUAG